UUCUCCAUUGUCGGUCUUUUCUAUUCGCCUAUUCACAUUCUAUUCCUGUCCGACAUUCCACGGAGGCCUUCACAGCAUAGCGAUUCAACAAGUACUCUCGAAACAGAAGCAUGCGUAUCCAGAGUUAUCUUCUCCUUUUGACCACGUCGUUGUGUCUGGCUGCCGAGGUGGCCGGGGCAAAGCAUGAGGUACUGUCCGGUAACAAGGUUGUCAAACGGGAUAUCUUCGAUGACCUUCGUAAUCUUUUCGCGUCAGCUGGAUCCAGCAUUAAGACCUUUACGCAAGAAACGUACAACAAAAUCGCCGAAAACCUGCCAAGCAUGGGACUGGAUGACUUGAAGAAAACGCUUAACGAUCUGAAGUCCAUCUAUCAGAAGAUAGGUGAUAAGUCUUCCGAUGAAGCAAGGCGAGUGCAGAAGCUGAUAAGCGAGGUCGAUAAAGAUAUCGCUGCUAAUGGGUCCACUUCCUGGAGGGGCUCUCUCGCUGGCACCGUCGCCCUUAUGGUGUUAACAGCCUACCUAAACAACUAGAAACUCAUCCCUCGUUUUCGUCAGUGUAAGGUAUAUAUACUGACGUGAAACGAAAGUAUACGCUUGAAAACUACAUUUCACCAAUAAAAUUACAAAGGUAAUAAUUGGUUACGAGGCAGAAAAUGGAAGCCGAAACACCGAAAAACAAUUGUCAUUUGUAAUUUCUUUUUUUGUUUCGGUUAUUUGUUUGUACUUUUUGCCCCUGAGUUAAACAUAGGUAUUUCUAUUUGCAUAACUGGAUAACACGAUUUAGAGAAGUAACUCUCUUUGCUCUUUAUGAAGUAUAUGCUUAUGCCACAUGCAAAAAAAUAUUCUUGUUUCUAUCAAUUUUCAAACAAAUAUGGGGCGGGCGGAUUAAUAUUUUGCAUUUUAUUUUAUGUCCAGAAGCCCUUGAUUUAGAAAUCCAAACCUUUUCUCCGAUAGAAAAUCAAAACCUAACAGUGUGAAAAAUUAAUGCACAUUUUCAAGUCAAAUGUGCAUUUUCUCUAUGUAAAAUUUGUUUGAAAUCAUAGGGUCGAUUCGAAUUUUUGGGUCGGGCCAUAAUGAGAAAUAAGAAUAUUUUUAUAUAUGUCCUUAUAUGUGCCGUAAUGUUUUUAAAGUGUUAAAAGAGCGCACAGUUAUACUGAAUGUACUAAAGAUAGAUUCCAUUUA